AUGGAUUUACCCUGCACCUGGAUGGUGCUCCUCCUUAACCUGUGCGCAGGAGUGGGUGGCGGUGCUGUGACACACCAUGAGGGUGGACCCGUCCCUCACCUGUCCAGGGAAGACAUUUUGCUUCUGGAGGAUGAAGAGGAGCCCAGGUGUUUCACCCGGACCGAAUACGACUUCACCUGCUUCUUUGAGACCCCAGACAACAGGACAUACGACUUCUUCUACACGACUGAUGAAGAGAAGAGGUGUAACAUGACUGUCCAGAGAACAGAGGAGGGGGCAUUCCUCCACGUAUGUGUGUUCCCUCCCUCUGACACCUUCUUGUACGUCUUAACUCACCUUAAAGUGGUGGAGCCCCUUACCAGCACCACCGUAUAUACACGCAGCGUUUGUGUGGAGGACCAGGUUCUCCUGGAUCCUCCAUUGAAUGUGACCCUACACCACACGGGCCAGCCGGGACAGUUGAGGGCAACAUGUCACGUGGCUGAAGAAUGGAAAAGCAACCUUUAUUAUAGGAUUCGAUACUCCUCUGCAAGUCUGGCCGAGAAGGAAGAACAGGUGGAGGGGAACCACAGAUUCAUAUCUUUGGUACCAGGUGAGGUGGUUCAGCUUCAGAUGAGUGUCAAACAUGGUUUCACUGAAAAUGCAGGACACUGGAGCCACUGGUCCAAUCCUGCAUUUGCAAUGGUUCCUCAAAGUGCAGAUGAUAUUUCACUGCAGUGCUUCACCGCUGACCUGCAAAAUAUCACCUGCCAGUGGAAUGAAGGCACUUAUGAGGACUUGACCUACAAACUCUUCUACAAGAUCAAUUUCAGGUAUCUAUACAUGAGGCUCUCCUGUGACGUGUCUGAUAGUGAGACCUCUGACUGGACGGAGUGCUGGACACAGGAGAACCUGACUGACCUCUGCUGUUUUGACGCGGAUGGGUCAAAGAUUAUCCAGGUCAAACUCGGCACCGGUCCCUCUCCGGCUCCCCUGAGCAGAACCUUCUACACCGAGCCCUUCACUGUCAGCAACAGCAUCAAAACAUCCCCACCAAGACAUCUGAGAGCUGUGUUGGAGACAGGCAGGUUGUGUUUAUUGUGGGAAGCCCCUCUUCACAUCCUGUCUGCUCACCUGCAGUACCAGAUUAGCUACCAGCCAACAGAGGAUGGCCCGUGGAUGACAUUGUCUCUGAAAGGUCCGGAGACGGAGACGUGUCUGGAGGUCCCGAACCAAAGUCACUACAGCGUCCAGGUCAGAGCCAGGCCUAAUGGGUCCAUCUAUGCAGGCCACUGGAGUGACUGGUCACAUAGGCUUAAUGGAACUAUUCCCAGUGACAUUGGUUUCCUGCUCAUCGCUUGUAUCCCUGUCAUCAUGUUGGUUAUGGCUGUUGUCAUCAUCUCCUUGUUCAGCAGGUACCUCAGUACCCUUAAGCAGUAUCUGUGGCCACCAGUUCCCAACCUUGACAAGGUCCUGCAAGGCUUUCUGACAGAGCUCAACAGAGAAACAUGGGAUCCCUCGCUCACAGCCAAGCAGUGCUCAGAGGAGACCCCUGCGUCUCUGGUGGAGGUCAUUUCGGAGGAGGAGGUGUCAGAAUUAGAGAAGCUGUCGAGGGAUACCGGCCAGCUCUUGUCCCCAGCGAGAGGCUCCUCCGGCAAUGAGCAGGUCGACGGGGGGCUUAGACUGGAGGUCAGUCCAGACUACGUGACGCUGAGUUCCUACAACGUUGUCCCCGGUCAAAAGGGAAACAAGUACAUCUACGAGCAGUUCAGGGAGUGCGAAAGCCUGGCGGUGAGAGGAAAGGUUCUUCCAAUGGCCGGUCGCUGCUCUUGCAUUGGCCGGUCCUCCCAUUUCCCAUCAUGCAUCAGCACCGACAUCCUCAACCAUUCCUACUUGCUGCUGGCCAAGUCAGUGGACAGACUGGACUACCGGGCUUCCACCUCAUCGCAAUUGGGCAACAUUUACACUAAUUUGGAGUGUGCAGCCGGUACAGAUCGCUAAUCUCAAGUCUGAGGUCACAUUGUGUGUGUUUUCAAGCAAAGUAACUAAGAGAUCAACAGAUGUUUGUGUCACAACAGAUGUAGGAGAUUUUAUUUAGCCUCCCAUUUAGAUGUAUAUAUCAAGUGGUAAAUGAAAUACAUAUAUACCCAUUCACCACCACGUUCUUUAAAUGUAAAUGUAUGUGUAAAUAGUAUAUCCAUUUAUGGUCUCCUCUGUUUUUAUAACAAAGUAUUAACAGCUCCUCUAUGACUUAUAUGACUUUGCUGUGGGAUUCACGUCACCGGACAGCAUCUCUGUAUCAUUUGGCGCCUGGUGAGUCUCAGACAUGCAUCAUAUUAUCUUCCCUGUUCCCUCCCACCUCUAUGCUGUCUAAUGAAGUCGAGAUGUACAGCAUAGAACGUAUAGAAAGGGGGUUUAUUUGAUUCAUAUCAAAACUGAGAUGUUACAAAGCGUACCCCCCCCUUUUCUCCCCAAUCGAAUUUGGCCAAGUACUCCACUCUUCUGGGCCGUCCUGGUCUCUGCUCUACCCCCUCUGUCGAGCCCGGGGAGGGCUGCAGACUACCACAUGACUCUUCCGAUACAUGUGGAGGCGCCAGCCACUUCUUUUCACCUGACAGUGAGGAGUUUCACCAGGGGGGGCGUAACAUGUGGGAGGAUCACGCUAAUCCCCCCAGUCCCCCCCCCCCCCCCCGAUCAGAGGAGGCGCUAGUGCAGCGACCAGGACACAUACCCACAAGCCGGAGGUAACACAGGGAUUCAAACUGGCGAUCCCCGUGCUGGUAGGCAACGGAAUAGACUGCUACGCUACCCGGACGCCCACUAGGUGGAUUUAAAGCACCAGAGUGCGCAGGACAGUUUCUUCCUACAGUUGGCAGAGUUUUGUGAGUUGAUCCAGGAGAAAAAAUUGGUCAGAAACAUGUCUUUCAAGAAAAACGCAAUAUAAAUACACGGUGUACAAACGAACAAACAAACAAAAACCUUGUGUUCAUAGUGUUGUAACAUUAACCAAACAGGGAUAAGAUGGCUUGAUGCACGUCUGUAAAAACUGCACAUAUUUCUGUGUAUAUUUUCUCUCGUUUCCUGGAUUGUGAACUCGAGGUGCUGUUUAAAGACAUCACAAGGGUGAGUCCAGGCGACGACACACAACUCAAAAUGCCAUUGGUUAAAAUUCUGCUCAUGAGCUCUAAUUCCAGGGUCCUCCGUUUCACUUGUACCACCAGGGUCUUGAUGUAUACUGUCUGCUAAGCC